AUGACUAAUUUUAAAGUUGGCAAGUCUGACAUCUCGCUUGCUGCCUGGGGCCGCAAAGAAAUCGAAAUUGCAGAAUGUGAAAUGCCAGGACUUAUGACUUUACGAGAAAAGUAUGGUGCUACCAAACCUUUGGCGGGAGCUCGCAUCGCCGGUUGUCUGCAUAUGACAAUUCAAACGGCCGUCUUGAUAGAAACACUCACUCAUUUAGGCGCCGAAGUUGCUUGGAGUUCUUGCAACAUCUUUUCUACGCAAGAUCAGGCCGCAGCUGCUAUUGCAGCCACUGGUGUGCCUGUUUUCGCGUGGAAGGGUGAGACUGAAGAAGAAUACAUUUGGUGUAUCGAACAAUCUCUCUGUGCUUUUAAGGACGGAAAGCCUCUUAACAUGAUCCUUGAUGAUGGUGGUGAUUUGACUUCGUUAGUCCACGACAAACACCCUGAAUUUUUAGAAGGCAUUAGGGGUAUUUCAGAAGAGACUACUACUGGUGUCCACCACUUGUAUAUAAAGCUCAAGGAAGGAAAAUUAAAGGUUCCUGCCAUCAAUGUAAAUGAUUCCGUCACUAAAUCAAAAUUCGAUAACCUUUAUGGUUGCCGUGAAUCGCUUAUCGAUGGCAUCAAACGUGCCACUGACGUACAAAUUGCUGGCAAAGUUGCUGUAGUUGCAGGUUAUGGUGAUGUCGGCAAAGGCUGUUCAGCAGCUCUUCGCGGAAUGGGCGCUCGUGUUAUUGUCACCGAAAUUGACCCAAUUAACGCUUUGCAAGCAGCCAUGGAAGGUUUCAAAGUUACAACCAUGGAAGAUGCAUGCACCCAAGGUAAUAUUUUCGUAACUACUACUGGUAAUCGAGAUAUUAUUUUAGGACAACAUUUCGAACAGAUGAAAAAUGAUGCUAUUGUGUGCAAUAUUGGUCAUUUUGAUAUUGAGAUUGAUGUAGCUUGGUUAAAAAGUAACGCUGUUAAACACGUUAACAUUAAGCCUCAAGUCGAUCGUUAUACUUUGAAGAAUGGUCAUAAGAUUAUUCUUCUUGCCGAAGGUAGAUUAGUCAAUUUAGGUUGUGCAACGGGACAUCCAAGUUUUGUAAUGAGCAACUCCUUUACAAACCAAGUGUUAGCACAAAUCGCUCUUUGGACCGAUACCGCUUCUUACCCGCUUGGAGUUCAUAUGUUGCCAAAGAAACUUGAUGAAGAAGUUGCAGCUGCUCAUCUUGAACAAUUAGGAGUUAAACUUACCAAGCUUACUCCCACUCAAUCUAAAUACCUUGGUAUUAAUGUUGAAGGUCCAUUCAAAGCGGAUCAUUAUCGUUAUUAA